GCCGCUGGCCCCGCCUCUAUCCGCUGUCCCGUCCGCGCCGGCCGGCACUUCCCCCCCGCGCGGAGCCGCCGCCAUGAAGUGUCACUACGAGGUGCUGGGAGUGAAGCGCGACGCCGCCGAGGAGGAUCUGAAGCGGGCGUACCGCCGGCUGGCGCUGCGCUGGCACCCGGAUAAAAACCUCGAGAACGCGGAGGAAGCGGCAGAGCAGUUCAAGUUAAUCCAGGCAGCGUACGACGUCCUCAGCGACCCCCAGGAAAGAGCCUGGUAUGAUAAUCACAGGGAGGCUUUGUUGAGAGGAGGAGUUGAUGGAGACUAUCAAGACGAUAGUUUAGAUCUGCUGCGCUACUUCACUGUUAGCUGUUACUCUGGCUAUGGAGAUGAUGAGAAGGGAUUCUUUACAGUCUAUCGAGAAGUUUUUGAAAAGAUUGCAAAAGAAGAGGUGGAAUAUAUGACCCGUGAAGAUAUUGAAGAGUUCCCUAUGUUUGGCAAUUCCCAAAGUGACUAUGAUACGGUAGUCCACCCUUUCUAUGCAUAUUGGCAGAGUUUCUGUACUCAGAAGAACUUUGCUUGGAAAGAAGAGUAUGACACACGACAAGCCUCAAACCGCUGGGAGAAACGAGCUAUGGAGAAAGAGAACAAGAAAAAGAGAGAUAAAGCCAGGAAAGAGAGGAACGAACUGAUCCGUCAGCUAGUAGCCUUUAUUCGUAAAAGGGAUAAAAGAGUACAAGCUCAUAGAAAACUUGUGGAAGAACAAAAUGCAGAAAAAACUAGAAAAUCAGAGGAAUUUCGGAGGCAGCAGAAGCUCAAACAAGCCAAGCUGGCUGAGCAAUAUAAAGAGCAAAGCUGGAUAACUAUGUCAGAUCUGGAGAAGGAGUUGCAAGAGAUGGAAGCACAAUAUGAAAAGGAAUUUGGAGAUGGAUCAAAUGAUGAGGAGGAAUUAGAAGAACAGGAGACAAAAGGCAUCGAAGAUAAACUGAAUGACGAAAUUGAGGAAGCUGAAUUUGUUGAUGAUCUGUACUGCCCUGCUUGUGACAAGUUGUUAAAAACUGAGAAAGCCAUGAAGAAUCAUGAAAAGUCAAAGAAGCAUCGAGAGAUGGUGGCACUGUUACGACAACAACUGGAAGAAGAAGGGAAAUUUACUGUGUCUUUGGAUGAUGCUUGUGAAAUACAUACCAAAGAGGAAGAAACAGAAGACAUGCCGAAGCAGAAGCUUUCAAAGAAGCAGAGGAAGAAACAGAAAACAUUGGUGACUUAUGAGGACUCUCUUGAUAAAAGUUCUGAUGAAGAAACAGUUGAACAAAAGGAGGUGCACAAUGUGGACAAGGACAGUGGCUCAGCAGAGGAGUUGGUAAAUGAUGGCCAAAGAUGCGCUGUGUCAGAGGACGCAAGUGCUACAGAAGAUGUCAGCCAAGUGGAUGAAGCAAGAAGUGAAGCUAAAAGCAGUACUAAGCCCAAAGGGAAGAAAGCCAAGGAAGCAAAAAAGUCUGCUAAGGCAUCUUCAGAGCACCCAACAACAAAUGAAGUUCCUAUCCACUGUGUCACCUGCAACUGUGCAUUUCCAUCCCGAAAUAAAUUGUUUGAACACCUGAAAGCCACAGGACAUGCAAAAGCCACACAAGCAGCAGCUGUAAAUGGAGCUGUAAACACCAGAAACAAAAAAGAGAAACGUAAAACCAGAUAGAACUUUGCUAAAGUGGCAGUCUACAGAAUCAUACAUGAAUGCUGUCCCGGAGCAGAGAGGUGAACAUUGAUUGUGUCUGGAGUUGAACGGAGAAGGCAAGUCCUAAUUUUGGGGAAAAAAAAAAAAGGAAGAUGAGACAUAAA